AUGUCCGGUCUAUCGCUCGCCACGCUGACGGGCCUCGCCACCAACCACCCAGAUUCUGACUUCAUCAUCGAGUGCGAAGGAGUCCGCUUCAACGUCCACCGCCUCAUAGUCAAGGCUGGCUCCGACUUCUUCAGAGCUUUGUGUACCAACGACUGUCAAGAGAACAAGGCUAGCCACUGCAACCUUCCCGAAGAUGAUCCAGAGACCAUUGGGAGAGUAAUCCAGUUCCUCUACACAGGCAGCUAUCCAGUCGACACGAAACCCAUCACGAUGCCACAGGACAAUGAUGGGCAAGGUUCGGUCGCAAGCUCCCCUCUCUCCGAAUACAAAACUGGCAGUGAGCAAACCUUGGACGAACCAUCAGAUCCAGAUGGAUACACGUGGAUGUGGCUUGGCUACAAGAUCUCCCAAAGUAAGAAGCAUGUUCUGGUCCAUCAAGCGGCAGACAAACUGGGAAUUCCAACCUUGAAACAGUUCAGCCUCGCAUUGUUGCAGGUAGACUGUGUGGACCUGAUGGUCGAUCACGGAGAUUUUGCCAACCUCUUGGAGCUGGUCUAUAACACAACACCCACGAAUGAUGACGGACUUCGCUUCUUCUUUACCGAGCGUACGCUCAACAGUGCGUGGUUCCCAAGCCAUGAACGACUGGCUCGACUGGUUGAACAGCAUGAGGGCAUGGCAUACCGAGUUUGGCGGAAGACUCGCGCUGACGACGCCCGUCGAAGACAGGAUCGUCGCCUACGAUGUCGCAUUCAAAAGCAGAAUCGUGGCCGAGCAUAA